AUGGGUGAGGAGUUUUUUUUAUCGCAGAAGCUGACGUGGAUGGCGGAGCGCCAGGAGGUGGACCGGUGUCUCAUGAACGGCAAGACGGAGGAGGAGUGUCACAACUUCAUGAAGGUGGUUGCGCCACGAGGAGACGGACUCCUCUUUGUGUGCGGCACCAACGCAUACAGCCCCACGUGCAGGAACUACCAGCUGGCGGACCUGUCCUUCACUGGGGAGCAAACGAGUGGCCUCGCCAAGUGUCCCUUCGACCCCCGGCAGGGAGGGGCGGCUGCCUUCGCAGGCGAGCGUCUCUACUCGGCCACGGCCGUGGACCCCCUGGGGGUGGACGCGGUGGUCUACGGGAGCCUGGGGCCCGGGCCCCCCCUGCGCUCCCUCAAACUCGACUCCAAGUGGCUCAAGGAGCCCGUGUUCGUGAGGGUGCUGGAGCACGGGCAGCAUGUCUACUUCUUCUUCACGGAGAUCGCCGUUGAGCUCAGCUCCAUGGGCAAGGUGCUGUUCUCGCGCGUGGCGCGCGUCUGCAAGAGCGACGCGGGGGGCUCUCAGCGCGUGCUGGAUGGCCACUGGAGCUCGUUCGUGAAGGCGCGACUCAACUGCUCGGUGGGGGGCGAGGCGCCGGGGGACGCCCCCUUCUACUUCAACGAGCUCCAGGGGGUCUCCGAGGUGCUCCACAUCGGGGGUCGCGAGCUCGUGCUCGGGGUCUUCACCACCCCCCUCAACAGCAUCCACGGCUCGGCCGUGUGCGCGUUCGACAUGGAGGACGUGGCCAGCACCUUCCAGGGCCGCUACUCGGAGCAGCGAGGGCCCGACGGCCCCUGGCUCGCCGUGCCGGAGGCCCGCACACCCACCCCCAGGCCCGGUGCGUGUGCGGGCGAGGGGGAGGCGGCUGCGUUCCCCGCUCGCCGCUGCUGCCGGACGAGGCGCUGAGCUUCGCCAAGACGCACCCGCUGGCUCACCGCGCCGUCAACGCCGUCUCCCCGCAGCCCUGGUUCGUGCGCUCCGGCACCCGCUACCGGCUGACCCACAUCGCGGUGGACGUGAGGGCGGGGCGCCACGGCAACGAGACGGUGGUGCUGCUCGCGGCGCAGAGCGGCGUGCUGCUCAAGCUGCUGCUGCUGCCGGGCGGUGGCGGCGGUGGUGGCGGUGGUGGUG